AUGCCCCCCUCAACACCCCCCGCCCUCUCCGACCCCGACGUCCCAACCCCUCUCUCCCAACCCGGCGAAAACAUGAAGAAACAAAUCAACCUCCUCCGCGGCUGGCCCUCCCCCCACCUCCUUCCCCCCUCCCACCUUCUCUCCGCCAGCACCUCGCUCCUCACCUCUCCUCCCCCAGAUGAACCACCCUCAUCCAAAUUUUCUUUCAACGUCCCCGCCCUCCAAUACGGUGCCGACCCAGGCUACUUACCCCUCCGACACUCCCUAGCAGCCUGGUUGACGAACAACUAUACCGCCCACGAGACGUAUCCGUCCCAUGGAUUUCCCACCUUGACAACGGCAGAGCAGAUUUGUAUUACAGGCGGGGCGAGCCAGAACUUGGCGAAUAUUCUGCAGGGGUUCACGGACCCGGCGUAUACGAGGGCUGUGUGGGCGGUUAGUCCGUGCUAUUUUUUGGCGGUGCCGAUUUUUGAGGAUGCGGGGUUUGCGGUGGGGAAUGGGAAGUUGAAGGGGGUGAGGGAGGAUGAAGAGGGAGUGGAUUUGGAGGAGUUGGAGAGGGGGAUUUUGGAAGUGGAGGGGGGGAGGGAAUGGCCGGGGAAGCCGGUCUACAAAACCCCCGGCCCCCACCGCAAAUGCUAUAAACACAUCAUUUACCUCGUCGCCACCUCCGCCAACCCCUCGGGCAUCACCACCUCUCUCGCCCGCCGCCACGCGCUCGUCCAACUCGCCCGCAAAUACGACGCCCUCAUCAUCUCCGACGACGUCUACGACUUUCUCCAAUGGCCCGUCCUCCCCUCUUCCUCAUCUUCCCCCUCCUCCCCUUCCAACCCCCUCUCCCUACCCACCCCCCUCCCCCGCCUCUCCGACAUCGACAUCUCCCUCGGCCCCUCCCUCCACGACCUAUCUCUCUCCGCACACUACACCCGUUCUUCACCUUCCGAUAUCCCCAACGAACAAGAGGAAAAAGACAUGCAACCCCUCUUCCCCACCCGCACAAUCUCCUCCCUCCACUUCGGCCACGCCGUCUCCAACGGCUCCUUUUCUAAACUCCUAUCGCCCGGUCUCCGCACAGGCUGGACACACUCCACGCCUGCCUUCGCCUACGGUCUCUCCCAGACGGGAAGCACCCGCUCAGGCGGCGCCCCGUCCCAGUUCUGCGCGGCGCUCAUUCACGAACUUAUCCAGUCUGGCGCGUUAGAUAAGCACUUAAGUGAGGUAGUUCGCCCCGGACUUCAGAAGCGACAUGCAGUGAUGAUGGAAGCAAUCAAGCGCGAAUUAGUGGGGCCGUUGGGGGUGAGAGUGAUUGAGGAUAAUAGGACUGGUGCCGAGAAGGAAAAAAACAGGGAGGGGUUGUUUGGCGGGUACUUUUUGUGGUUGGAGUUGCCGGAGGAGAUGGGGUUCACGGCGAAGGAAGUGGCGGAGCGGGCGCUGGAAGAGGAACGACUGGUGGUUAGUCCGGGGGAGAAUGCGGAGGUUAGUGGGGAGGGAGUACAUGUAGCGAAGGAAGAAAAAGGGGGGAUUAGGUUCCCGAGACAUUUGAGGGUGUGUUUUAGUUGGGAGGAGGAGGAGGAUUUGGUGGAGGGGGUGCAGAGGCUGGGGAGGGUGUUGAGGAGGAUGAUGGAGGAGGCGAAGGAGGGGGGGAAGGUAAAGAAGGCCGGGGGGGAGGGGUUGAAGGCGUUUAAGUGA